AUGAAGAGGUAUUCCAUUGCCCCAUCUUCAUCACGUCGGAAGUCGACAAUCAAUCCGAAUCUAAAUUUGAAGGGAGAUGAGAAUAUAGAUGGAGAAUCGGCUACUUUGGAGUUAGAAAGACUAGAACAAGAAAUAACAUUAGUAUUACAAGAAAUAGAUAAAAAUUUGUCGAAAUCGAAUGCAGUAAUUAAUGAUAAGAUAUUUCCAAUUUUAAAGAAAUAUGCUGCUUCUUCUUCAAACGUGUGGAAUAAUGUCAAUUUUUGGAAGUACUUUUUGGAGCAGGCAGCCAAUGUGGAGUUGACCAGUUACGAGGCCCCGGCGAAUAUGAAUACGGACUUGAACACCAUAGCUAAUUCGAAGAAUAACUUUUUAAUACUGGAUGAUGAAGAAGGAGAAGACGGUGAAAAUGCAGUGCCCGAGCCAACUCGCGAGAGCGCAGAACAAGUACAACAAUUCAAAAAGCCAUUGCUUAAAGGAUUUAACAACGUCGAAGAAACGCCAACAUGGUCAACGGGAGAGCAAAAUGCACCAGCUCACCAAUAUAAUAUGCAAGCAUCUACACCGCAGUUGAAACAGAGAUCAUCAUUUAUUCAAAACCAAAAAUCGCAUGUUGGCAAGACAAGCGAACGGUUACAAUCUACACAUACCCUAGCACCGACUUUUUCGAGUGAAGAGCAGUCAUUCAUGAAUACUAAAUCUCCUCCUAAGCUUGCAUCACCUCCUGUUGUGACACACACUAUAAGACAAUCGCUAGAUAACUAUCACAAAAUUUCAAUAUCGCCUAGAAAACCCCAAAAAUCUACGCAUCGUACUCCAAUAAGGGAAGGAGGCAUGUCUGAAGAUGUAAGGCGCAGAUCGUCCUUAAUACAGAAUUUAAUUGAUUCUUCGCCUACAUUACCAGAGCCUCCUAUAUUGUUAUCUGAAAGAGGUUAUAUGAAUAAUGGAAGCAAUAGUAAUGGAGAAGGUGGCUCUAAAGAAUCAUUAGAAUCAAAAGAUUUAGGAAGGCUAUCCCCUAUUUUAUUACCACCUAAAUCCACCCCUGGAAAGCAAAACAGAAACUCCGAUCAGGAAAAUACGAUACAGCGGUUUCCUCGAACUCCAAAUUUUACUCCUUCUGGUAGUAGAGAAAAAGGCGUAGGUAUAGACAUAAUGAGAACUCCUCUAGGUGUACGAAUAAGGUAUGGAGACGAUGACAGUGAUUUACCACCUCCCGAAUUGCAAAACAAUCCUGGCGUAAAUGAUCGUUCAAAAAAUGAUGACAAUAACCCGAGCACCAGAAACGAGGAAGACGAAGACGAAGACGAAGUACCGUUGCCCGACCUUGAAACUAUAGAGUUACCAAAUAGUAAUAAGAAAAAACGUCUGUCUAGCACAAUAAAGCACGAUGACAAGAAAAGGCCAAGUAUACUUCCAGGUGACGAUGACGAUCAAAAUGUUUUCUUAGACAACACGUCCAGCAAGCAAAAUAACUCAGCACAUACUAUAUACCACUCGAUGGUAAAUAAUCAAGACACUCUGUUGAACCAAUCUAAGGAUAAUACUGCUAACCAGUCGAAAAACUCAAACCAAUCUAAUUCCAGAUCCAUAUCCUAUUUAUUUGAAGAAGUAUUAUACAACACUAAGAUAAAUAAUAAAGGCGAUUCUAAUAAUCCUGAGCAACAAACCAACCCGCAGGCCAGAAAUUUGUUUGAUAGCUUCAAUGACCAAACUAAUCAAAAUGAAAUCGCAGCUAAUGACACAUCUGACCAGACUGGGAAUUCCACGUCCGAACUAGGUUCCUUGCUUGGCGAACGUUUUAGGAAUUUCACCAAUUACACCCAACAUAUGGGUCAAUGA